AUGGCGGAAUUCAUCAGAGCACAGAUUUUCGGGACAACCUUCGAGAUCACCUCGAGGUAUUCAGACCUGCAGCCCGUGGGAAUGGGAGCCUUUGGACUCGUCUGCUCCGCUCGCGACCAGCUCACCAACCAGAAUGUGGCCGUCAAGAAGAUCAUGAAGCCCUUCAGCACUCCUGUCCUGGCGAAACGAACGUACCGAGAGCUGAAACUCCUCAAGCACCUGAGACAUGAAAACAUCAUUUCUCUGAGCGACAUCUUCAUCUCUCCUCUUGAGGACAUCUACUUCGUCACGGAGCUGCUCGGUACCGAUCUGCACCGGCUGCUCACGUCCCGACCUCUCGAGAAGCAGUUUAUCCAGUACUUUCUUUAUCAGAUCAUGCGCGGAUUGAAGUAUGUGCACUCGGCCGGCGUGGUGCAUCGCGACCUGAAGCCCAGCAACAUCCUCGUCAACGAAAACUGCGACCUAAAGAUUUGCGAUUUCGGACUCGCCCGCAUUCAGGACCCCCAGAUGACCGGCUACGUGUCAACGCGAUACUAUCGUGCGCCCGAGAUCAUGCUUACGUGGCAGAAGUACGACGUAGAGGUCGAUAUCUGGAGCGCCGGAUGCAUCUUCGCCGAGAUGCUCGAGGGCAAGCCGCUCUUCCCCGGAAAGGAUCAUGUCAAUCAGUUCUCUAUCAUCACCGAGUUGUUGGGUACUCCCCCAGACGACGUUAUCAAUACGAUUGCAAGUGAAAAUACGCUACGAUUUGUCAAGUCGCUACCCAAGCGGGAACGCCAGCCUCUGAAGAACAAGUUCAGGAAUGCGGACCCUGGUGCGAUCGACAUGCUCGAGAGAAUGCUCGUCUUCGACCCGAAAAAGAGGAUAACGGCCACGGAGGCUUUGGCGCACGAAUACCUCGCCCCUUACCAUGACCCCACCGAUGAGCCAGUGGCCGAAGAGAAGUUCGACUGGAGCUUCAACGAUGCCGACCUCCCAGUCGACACGUGGAAGAUCAUGAUGUAUUCGGAGAUUCUCGACUACCAUAAUGUGGAUACGGACAUGUCUCAGUUGGAUGAGCAGAUGAACGGGCAGGAACAAACACAAUAA